AUGCCUGCGAAACCGCGGGUUUUGGUGUGCGUGGAUAAGGUGAUGGAUGAUCGCGUUAUGCUUGGAUUGAGCUCAAAGUCGUCCGGUGGUGGUUCCCUUGAUCAGACGUUCAAAAUGCCAGAAUCAAGCCGAUUCGAUUGUGCAACAUGUCACCUGUCGAACAACAUUGACGACAUGGUUGAAUGCGAAGGAUGUUGCAAUUGGUUCCAUUACGGAUGUGCAGGGUUCGACGAUGGCCAGAAGCAGGAGCAUUGGAAGUGCUCUACGUGCACGACGAAGAACACUCAGGAGAACCAGAAUAUUUCGCUUCCGCCAACUACGCUACCGAAUCUAACCGACUUGGAACCAGCCGGUGUUGAUCCACGUGCAGCUCAAACGAAACUUAACCUCAAUCGUCUGGAGGAAGAACGAGCAUUGAUGCAAAAGGAAAUUGAAUUGAAUCUUUCCACCCAACUGGAGCAGCAAAAAUUACAGCUCGAAAAGGAUGCGAGUAGGGCUAAGUACGACAUUCAUCGUGCACAUUGGAGCGGGUUUACAACCGGUGGUGAAGUAAGGGUAAAUGUUGUUGGACAAGUAGGAGAGGGGGCAGAGAUGAGGGAUCAGGUUGCUGCUAGAUCGAGCCAGGAAAUUGGUACAUCGACGGUCAAAGCAACGGUCCAACACACUUACAUGCCGCCACCUACGUCUCAGGCAGUCUUGGACGCUAUAUCGCACUGCCCCUUACCGCCACAGGGUACAGAAGUUUCAUCACUACUACCCGCGAAGAGUGCUAAUCCGUUCUCGCAAUCAAUGAACCACCAAAAUCAGCUUGCGAUAUUUUCUUCGACACACCCUCUCAUUCACCCCAGCUGUGCAGAAUCGGUCACUGCAGGCAGUGUACCGGCAACGAGUGGAUAUGCAAAGACAAAUACGGCACUCAGCUUUGAUCACCUAGUAGCAACGGCAGGGCAACAUGGACAAGGAUACAUUUACAAUUACUCACCUGAUUUCGUGCCAGCUAUUGGCAUAGGGCAGCCAGGAUCAUCAACCCCGAUAACUGCAGCUUCGCUGAUAAAUCCAGUGGCAGGCAUCACCCACAUUACCCAAUCAAUGCCACCUAUUAUUAGUUCGACUAGGCAGCAAGGUGGACGUUAUCAUCAUAAUCAGGUAACAAGUAGUAUAGGAAAUCGAGUGUCGUUAGGCCAUUUAUAUCCCACACAAUACUCGUCCCACGGUUAUGCGUAUCCCCAACCGCAAUUAGCACAACCUGCGAUCGUGAAUGCUAGUGAAGUGGGGGGUCCUACAGCUCGUCAGUUGGCAGCGAGACACGUGAUGCCGAAAGAUUUGCCUACGUUUAGCGGGCAACCUGAGGAAUGGUCUUUGUUUUUAAGUGCGUAUACAACAUCAACGGAAGCAUGUGGUUACAGUGAAGUGGAGAAUCUUGGCCGCCUUCAGCGGUGCCUUAAAGGUAACGCAUUGGAAGCAGUGCAAAGUCGUUUGUUACUACCGUCGUCAGUUCCCUAUGUGAUGCAGACUUUGAAUGUAUUGUAUGGUCGCCCUGAACAAAUUAUAUAUGCACUGUUAGCCAAGGUGCGUGAGGUACCUUCACCGAAGCAAGACAAUUUGAGGACGCUGGUCCAUUUUGGGUUGGCUGUACAGAGCUUUUGUGAUCAUUUGGAAGCGGCAGGACAGAUUGCUCAUCUGUCAAAUCCGGUACUACUUCAUGAAUUGGUCGACAAGUUGCCCGCACACUUGAAAUUGGAUUGGGCGGUUUUUAAGCGGCAAUACCUGGCAGCAGACUUGCGGUUGUUCGGGAGCUACAUGAGUAACCUAGUUUCAGCAGCAGCAGACGUGACACUUUCCUUGGAGCCACAGGCAUCACGUCCCAGCAAGGCGGAAAGAUCAAAGGGGUUUCUCAACGUACAUUCUACGAUGCCACCGGGUAACAGAGAAGCAGUAACAACUGAACCAGAGCAACCAAAAGCUCCGGAGCGGAUGACAUCAUGUUUGGUCUGCAACAAGUUGGACCAUAAAGUGAAGGAAUGCGAGACUUUUAAGCGAAUGAGUUGCGAUGAUCGAUGGAAAGCAGUGCAUGCUCUCCACUUGUGCAGAGUUUGUCUUGGAAGGCACGGCAGAAGACCGUGUAGGUCACAAGCUCGGUGUGAGGUGGCAGGGUGCCAGGUACGACAUCAUCCACUACUUCACGGGACACCAACUAGGGCAAUCCCGGUUCACCAAGUUCCCGGUCCUUCGGGACAAAGACAACAAGCAUCGGAAGGGGUAAUAUCACACCACCACAUGAAAGGUACAAUGCUUUUCCGUAUUCUCCCGGUAAAUCUUCAUUACCAGGGAAGAUCAAUACACACUCACGCCUUUAUCGACGAGGGGUCGUCGGUUACGCUCGUGGAGAAGAGAAUUGCAGAUGAACUGAAAUCUGAGGGCGUCAAACGGUCGUUAUGUCUCUCUUGGACUGGGAACGUCACCCGAGUGGAAGCAGAUUCCCAACAAAUCACACUUGAGAUAUCCGGCGACGAAGACAGAUCGCGGUACAAGAUCGACGACAUCAGGACAGUCCGUUCUUUGGCGCUUCCGAAGCAAACGCUACGAUACGACGAACUGGCUCGUCGGUACGAACACCUACGCAAUCAACCGGUCAAGAGUUUCGAAGGCGUGACUCCUGGUAUACUCAUAGGAGUGAAGCACGCACACCUGACUGCAACGACGUUAAUCCGAGGUUGGGCUGUCUACGGUCCUACGGUAGGCAGAGGAAAGCCUUCAAGUUUCAACUUGCAUAUCUGCGAGUGUUCAGCGGACAACGAACUGCACGAGUUGGUCAAACAGUAUUUCACUGUAGAAAGUGUUGGCGUGUCAGUCGACCGUGGCCCGGACUCGGAAGAAGACAAACGGGCAAAAAGUAUUCUGGAACAGACAACAAAGCGAGUGAAAAUAGGUUUCGAAACCGGAUUAUUGUGGCGUUAUGACUACGUCGAAUUUCCGGAUAGUUACGGCAUGGCAGUUCGUAGAUUGGAGUGCUUCGAGAGGCGCUUGAAGACGAAUUCGAGUAUUGGUGAAAACGUACGACGUCAACUGGUGGAAUACCAAAAAAAGGGAUACAUGCACGAAGCGACGGAAGAAGAACUACGAACAGCUGAUUUGCGGAAGGUGUGGUACCUGCCGCUUGGAGUAGUACAUAACCCGAAGAAACCCACAAAAGUGCGCCUGGUCUGGGAUGCUGCUGCCAAAGUGAAUGGUGUUUCACUGAAUACGAUGCUGCUGAAGGGGCCGGAUCUAACGGCUUCACUUCCAACUGUUCUCGGCGGGUUCCGCGAACGGAAGGUCGCACUGGGAGGCGAUAUACGCGAAAUGUUCCAUCAAAUCAAAAUAAGGAAGGAAGAUAGAGACUCCCAACGGUUCCUAUGGCGAAACAAUCCGGAACAGCAGCCGCGGGUGUUUAUUAUGGACGUCGCCACGUUCGGGUCAUCAUGUUCUCCGUGCUCCGCCCAGUUCAUCAAAAACCUCAAAGCCGAUGAAUACGCCCAGCAGUUUCCACGGGCGGCCGACGCUAUCCAACGUCGGCAUUAUGUGGACGACUAUCUCGAUAGCUUAGACACCGAGGACGAGGCGAUUAAGGUCGCCAAGGAAGUCGCAUUUAUACAUCAAAGGGGCGGCUUCACAAUAAGCAGCUGGUUGACCAAUUCAACGGAAGUCCUUCGACGGGUCGGGGAACAGGAUGCCCCGUUACAGAAGUUAAUCAACUGGGAUAAAGGCAGCUGCGUUGAACGAGUCCUGGGAAUGUCCUGGCUUGCUAAAGAUGAUGUAUUUGUGUAUUCCAGCAGCGUGGACGUUGGGGCAGCUGUCACGAUGAAGCGAGGCAUCCUACGAUGUGUGAUGAGCCAGUUUGAUCCUCUUGGAUUGCUGUCUCAUUUUUUGAUUCACGGACGGAUCAUUAUCCAAGAUAUCUGGCGAACGAAGGCCAGCUGGGACGAUGAAAUUGGAGGCGAUAUUUUAAAGCGGUGGAGAGUGUGGACUAGCCUGUUCGGUGAUCUACAGCAAAUACGAAUUGAUCGAUGCUACUUCCCUGGAAUUACGUCAUCAGAAAUAGAAGACCUACAACUGCACGUGUUUGUGGAUGCCAGCGAGAGCGCAUACGCAUGUGUUUCGUAUUUUCGCGCGGUGAUUGCCGGAGAAAUUCAUAUCGCGUUGGUUGCUGCGAAGGCGAAAGUGGCCCCACUAAAAUCUCUCUCCGUACCAAAGUUGGAACUCCAGGCUGCGUUGAUAGGAGCAAGGCUGAUGAAAACGAUCGGAGAGACUCAUUCAUUAACAAUUUCUCGCAGAUUCAUUUGGUCAGAUUCUAAAACGGUGCUAGCGUGGAUCCUUUCCGACCACCGUUGUUACCGGCAGUUCGUGGCUUGCAGAGUAGGCGAAAUUCUCUCCAUAACAAACCCCGAUGAGUGGCGCUGGAUUCCAACUAAGUUCAACGUAGCGGAUUUAGCGACAAAAUGGGGAAAAGGGCCAGAGCUUUCCGCGAGAAGUUGCUGGUUUGCUGGUCCGGAAGUCCUGAGACGCACAAUCACGCAAUGGCCACAAAUGGACCCUGCGAUGCUCACCACGGUUGAGGAGCUGCGACCAUGCUUCGUACACCGGACACAGCUGUCUGAUGGGUUCAUAGAGUGGACACACUUCUCGAAAUGGGAGCGUCUCCAUCGAUCAAUAGCGUAUGUAUGCCGUUUCGCUGUCAGCUGCCGAAAGACAAACAGGCAGUUGAGAGAAGUCGGUCGUCUCACAAACGAGGAGUUAGUAGCUGCUGAAAACGUGCUCUGGCGUGCUGUCCAAUCGACUAUCUAUUUAGAUGAAAUUGUGCUACUGAAAAAACACCAGGAAAACAAGUUUCAAGGUAACGUCAAGAAAACACUGAACAGUUCCAGUCCACUUUACAAUAUGUCUCCGUUUCUGGAUGAACACGGGGUGAUCAGGAUGGAGGGCCGAAUUGGAGAAGCUGUUUUCGUCUCGUAUGAUGCCAAGAAUCCAAUCAUCCUGCCAAGAGACCACCGUGUUACUUUUCUUAUAGCGGACUGGUAUCAUCGAACCUACCUACAUGCGAACAACAACACAGUAGUGAAUGAGAUGAAACAGCGAUUCAGAAUCCCACACCUACGGGCUCUCGCUCAUAAAGCGGGCAAACUGUGCAUGCUAUGCAGAGUGAAAAAGGCGAAGCCGCUGCAACCCAAGAUGGCACCUCUACCAAAGGCUAGACUAAGUCCGUUCACCCGUCCUUUCUCCUACGUUGGUCUGGACUAUUUCGGACCAAUAGCCGUCAAAGUAGGCCGAUCUUUAGCGAAACGGUGGGUGGCACUGUUUACGUGCUUGUCAGUCCGCGCCGUUCACCUGGAAGUAGUGCAUUCGUUGUCAACGGAGUCCUGCAAGAUGGCUAUUCGACGCUUCAUCGUACGCCGUGGAUCACCGCUUGAAAUAUAUAGCGACAAUGGUACAAAUUUCCAAGGCGCUAACCGAGAGCUCCAAGAGCAGAUGAAGUCCAUCAAUCAGUCGCUAGCUGAAAUAUUCACGAAUGUCAACACUAAAUGGGUGUUCAACCCGCCAUCUGCUCCGCACAUGGGGGGCUCGUGGGAGCGACUUGUCCGUUCAGUGAAGACAGCAUUUGCAACCAUUAGCACCUCUAAGAACCCGAGCGAAGAAACCUUUGCUACCAUAAUAACGGAGGCAGAAGGAGUAGUCAAUUCACGUCCGUUGACUUUCAUCUCCUUAGAAGCAGACGAUCAAGAAGCACUAACUCCGAACCAUUUCCUGCUGCUGAAUUCAAAUGGAGUGGUUCAAAGGCAGCAAGAUCUUAUCGAACCGAAAGAAGCAUCGAGGACUAAUUGGAAGCUUGCUAGAUACAUGGUUGACCAAUUUUGGCGGCGUUGGGUCAAGGAAUACCUUCCCACGAUCGCUAGGCGUACAAAGUGGUUCGAGAACACUAAGGCACCAGAACCAGGUGACUUAGUGGUUAUCGUCGACGAGGCCGUUCGAAACGGGUGGAUCCGCGGACGAAUUUUAUCGAUCAUUCGAGGCAUGGACGGUCAUGUGCGCCAAGCCAUGGUGAAGACUGCUGCAGGAGUAUUACGACGGCCAGUUACUAAGUUUGCUAUUUUGGAGGUUCGCAAAGACGAUAACACCGGUCCAUCAGCUUGGAAGGACCAGUAUUACGGGUCGGGGUAUGUUGGGGCAAACUACGCCACUGCGCAAUAG